CCAAAACCAAAACCAAAACCAAAAUCAGCCCACCUGAUUUUUCGGAAUAUACUACUCCGCCAUCAGCCCUCCACAAACUUUGAUCUUCACUUUGAUCCCCUCUAACAUCAAAAACAUAAUAAGAAAAUAGAAGAAAAAAAACUCCCAUAAGAAUUUCCUCUCUAACCCCAGAGCCCAUUUUAGCUUGAACAAAAUUCCCACUCAGAUCUACCUCUUUUUAUUGGUUUCUUUACUUAACUAAAAUUUCUUACAUUUUUCUGUUAGACUUUCUUCAUUCAUUCAUUAACUUGAUGUUAUACUGUUUUGCCUUUAGAUCUGGUGAUGUAAACUCAGAUUCUGUUUAGAGUUUCACGUCACUUGUGUUUGGUUUUUUUGAUAAAAUCUAAUUUCGAUGGAUUUGGAUGAGUUUCGAUCUAUUCUUGACUCGGCGAACGUGGACGUUUGGACGUUUAUUGACACGGCGAUUCUGGUGGCGUCGCUGGACUACACGGCGGAGCUGAAGCAGCGCCGGGAUAAAAUUGUCGAGAGGCUUUAUGCGACGUGUAUUUCCACGCGGUGUCGAAACUGUGACUUCGGUGGUGGGGAAGAUAGUCGGGUUAAUGGAGUUGACGUUACGAUUGAGAAGGAGAUUGAACAUGAAGGCUUGACUAAAGGCCACGUGUCACCCUACACGCCCCGUUCUGUUGAUGAUGAUGAUGAUGAUGAUCAUGGUGAUGAUGAUGAUGAUGAUGUGGAUACUUAUGGCGGUUUGUUUGAUGAUGAACAGAGAAGAAUUCUUGAAAUUAAAGAGCAUCUUGAAGAUCCUGACCAGUCUGAAGAUUCUCUAAUUGAUCUGCUUCAAAGUUUGGCAGACAUGGAUAUAACAUUCAAAGCUUUAAAGGAGACUGAUAUUGGGAGGUUUGUGAAUCGAUUGAGAAAGCAUUCAUCAAAUGAUGUCAGAAGAUUAGUGAAGCAUCUUGUUAGCAGGAAAUGGAAGGAAAUUGUAGAUGAAUGGGUGAGACUGAAUCAACCUGGAGAAGUCGGAGCCUCGACGCUAAUGGUAGAUGGAGACUCACCCCAGCAAAAGAUUCCCCAGAAUGGGCAUCACCAGGUUCCAGAUUUCGCGUACUCUCCAAAUCCUCAGAAUGGAAGUUCUGGGUCAGACAGGAAUAAUUCAGAGCCAGAAAGGAAGCCGAAACCGAAUCUGAAUCUGAAUCCGAAUCCGAAUCCGCCCCGGAAAGAAUCUGCUGCAUCUAAACCUCCGGCAGCUCAUGUUCCUCUAAGUGUACAGCGAAUGAGAGAACAACAACAACUUCAACAACAGCAACAGAAGGAAAGAAAUUUUGAUUCGGAUAGGCUUGCUUCAGCCAGAAGACGGCUUCAAGAGAGCUAUAAAGAAGCUGAAAAUGCUAAAAAGCAAAGAACAAUUCAAGUGAUGGACAUUCAUGAGAUACCAAAGGCAAAGCCAAAAAAUUCUUUCUUCGGAAAGAAUAAAAGCAGCGGAUCACAAGGAGGCAGGCACUGGUGAAUGAAUAUGGAAAAGACAAGAUCAUCAAUAUUAUUAUAAAAGUCAAAAGGGCUUUAUGGGUACACCGGAAAAUUCCCAAAACCGGUUUAUCUUUUUUUUUUUUUUUGUGAAGGGAAAACAAUUUUCUUUUGAUUAAUAGCUAAGGAAACAAAAUAAAAUAAAGUAAAAACAGAUUUUCCUUUUUUCUUUUGGUCUCCUUUUUGUGAUGGGAAAAGAUGAGUAUAAAGUUUAGGCUAUAUGGGUUUACAAACUUAAAUAUAAUUUAUUUUUAUUAGAGAA